AUGGUAAUAUCUAAUCUCAUCAAUUCAUUUGUCAGCAUAUAUAUGGGACACUAUCAGAAAGCCUUUGUGAUUUUCCUCAUUUGUUCAUAUUUUGUGUAUCCUCCUCUCAUCCUUUCAUCAUCGACUGAUGGAUACACGAGAAUUAGAUUGAAAAGAAUGAAAUUAAACAAAGACAAUCGUGUUGUUUCACAAACUGAGUUGACUCAUUCUUUGAGGGCUCGUUAUGGGAAUAAUCUCAUCGGGUCCAAUGGAUUAGACAUCGUGUUGUUAACUAAUUACAUCAACACUCAAUAUUACGGUGAGAUUGGUAUUGGCACUCCUCCUCAAAUGUUCAAUGUCAUCUUUGAUACCGGUAGCUCUAAUCUAUGGGUGCCAUCAUCAAAGUGUUAUCUCUCGAUGUCAUGCUAUGUUCAUUCAAAAUACCGGUCAGGAAUGUCAAUUACAUACAAGAGUAGUGGGCAAUCUGGUGCAAUUGAAUAUGGUAGUGGAACAAUAUCAGGAUUCUUUAGCAAAGACAACGUUAAAAUUGGUCAUCUCAUUAUUAAGGAUCAGGAGUUUAUCGAGGCAACAAAGGAGCCUGAUAUGACGUUUAUGACCGGAAAGUUUGAUGGUGUACUUGGGCUUGGAUUCAGGGAGAUUUCCGUUGGAAAUGUUGCCACAAUAUGGGAGAAUAUGUUGAAUCAAAAUGUAGUUAAGUAUCCAUUGUUCUCGAUUUGGUUGGACCGGAGUGAAAAUGAAGAAAAUGGGGGUGGGGGCGAGAUCAUCUUUGGUGGCGUUGAUCCCAACCAUUACAAGGGUAAUCAUGCUUUUGUUCCGAUCACAAAAAAGGGUUAUUGGCAGUUCAAUUUGGGCGAUGUUCUUAUCAAUGGCGAAUCAACCGGAUACUGUCAAAAUGGAUGUCCCGCCAUUGCAGACUCAGGAACUUCUUUGCUAACCGGGCCAACGUCUGCGAUUAACGAGAUAAAUGCUGCCAUUGGAAUAAAGAGCUUUGUGAGUCAAGAAUUUAAGUCUGUGGUCAAACAAAACGGGGAAAACAUAUUGGAUCUUCUUCAGAAUGAGCUCUCCGAGCAAUUUGACACAAUCCGAGACUCGGAUAUUGAUUGUGGAAAGGCUGCAUCGAUGCCUAAUAUUUCGUUUACACUUGGUGGUAAAGAUUUUGUUCUUACACCACAGGAGUACCUUAUUAAAGAUGGUGAGGGUGAUGGUACACGUUGUGUGAGUGGUUUCAUGCCGUUGGACAUUCCUACUUCUGAUGGCCUUCUAUGGAUCUUGGGAGAUGUUUUCAUGGGUAGUUACCAUACUAUAUUCGAUUACGGGAACUUGAGAGUUGGAUUCGCAAAGGCGGUAUAACAUAGACGAUACAUGGUCAUGAACGUGUCUUCCUUGUUCAAUAUCUUGUUAAAGAAGCGUUUAAAAUUAAUAUAUCACUUAUUGUGGUUCUAAUCUUCUACAAAAGAUUUGGGCAUGAGAGAACUCAUCAUUGGAUUAUAUGUUUCGAUCACUUUAUAUGCUUGAUUUAUUAAAGUGAAACCAUAACUAUUUUGUUACAAUAUUUGAUUGUUGGUUGAUCAAAUUUUUAAUUAAGACUGUUGGUUGAUCAAUUUAUAUGCUUGAUUUAUUAAAGAAAAUCCAAUGAUUGAAGAAAAU